AGCAAGAAACGUCAAAAUUCAUCACGUAGUGAAGAAAGUGAGGUGCUAGUGCGUGAAAAAAUAAUCUAAAAUCUUAUAAUUUUUAACAAAUAUCAACGUGUAUCGAUUCGGGAGUGUGUUUUACUUGCAAAGUAAAAAGUAAUGAAUAUACUUGCCCGAAAUUCAACAUCGACAUCCAUAACUCUGUCGUGGUUUUAUUUGAUGGGUGCUAAAAAAUACAAAAACAACAAACUCUGCUCAAAUCUUCGUGCAAUUGCUGUGUCCCACAAACACAGACACGUAGUUAGCUAAACGGAACGGAACGAAACGCCGUGAAAAUAACGCAAAAAAAACUGAAAAGCGAAAAAUUCUUUUCCGUCAGUCCGUCGGUCAGUUUUCCAUUAAAUUGCUUUAUUCCGUUGUUGUUGUUUUUCUCCUUGUCUUCGCUUUGAUUUAUCGGUGAUCAACGUUAUUCUCGCGUUUAUCGCAGUCCGUUUUGUUGUUCCCCAUAUAGCGCUUUUGGAUGUGGUUUCGUCGGCGCGGGGAGCCCAUCUUCGCUGACCAUCGUUCUUUAGCAAGAAGAAACUAUGGGCAUUCAACAUGAGUUGAAUGUCGUACGUAAUUGUCGCAAAUCUCUGCUACACCUCACCCUACUUACAUCUAUUGUUGCUGCUGGCGUCGAAACUGCAACAGCAAGCAACCCUGUUCCCUCGAAUCAUCACCACACUUUGCCUGUACCGGAUCCCCCCAUUGCAUUAGCCACUGACGAACCGCCACAGAUGCCGCCUCCACCACCACCAUUAGUCGAAGAGAAUAUGUCAUCGCAGUCAAAUAGUGGUCAAUUCAACAAAAAACAUCUCCGACCAGCGAUACCAUUUUGCAACGACAAACAUGAGCGCACCAUUGGGCGAAGACUUUUGUAUGUGACGACUCUAGAUGGACGUCUCACGGCAUUGGAUAUAACAAAAGGUGGAAAAAUGCGCUGGAGUAUACCCACGGCUCCGGGACCCUUGAUAUCUUCGAGUAUACAUCGUUUGGAAUUGACCAAUAAUGGACAAUUUGUUCGUAUGAUUCCCUCACUAAGUGGUGGCAUUUAUAAAUUCGAUGGCCAAUCUAUUGAUCCCAUACCCAUUACCACCGACAAUUUGUUAAGUUCCUCGUCAAAGUUUUCGGACGAUUUGGUCAUAUCGGGUGGCAAAGAAACCCGCACAUAUGGUGUUUCAGCGCGCACAGGGCAAAUGAUAUAUGAGUGCUCCAUGGAUGGUUGUGUGAAUGCAACUGAACCCGAACCCAAUGUGAUGGCUCCCAUUGAAGAUGGUGACGAUCCGCUUGAGAAUGAAAAUGAGACACAAUUUCAGCGCACGCCCAAUUAUAUGGACGAACAUGAUCCCUUGGUGGAUGAUGUCAUUGUGGUAAGACGUUUAACACAAACAGUGCGAGCCAUUGAGACGCGUACAGGUACAGAACGCUGGAAUUUCAGUGUUGGCCAACACGAAUUGGAUUUAGUUCGUUCUGCUGAUUGUCACGAUCGCAAAUUCAGUGACAUCGAUAUGGCCAUGCUGGAUUUGGAUAUAAAGGUCAUUGUACCCGAGGGCGUUAUUUGUGCUUUUAGUAAAUCGGAUCCCUCAGCUAUGCUAUGGAAACACAAGUUUAACCAUCCCAUUGUAAGUGCUUGGAAAAUAAGUGAAUCUGAUGAUUUGGAAUCCAUUGAUAUGUUUGCAUCUGCCCAAUGGCUUUGGAAUCGCGACGACAAUUUGUUUGAAAUGCCUUUGCCUACAAUAAGUCCUUCCAUAUAUGUGGGAAUGUAUGACAAACAGUUAUACAUACAGGAAUCGAUUAAUUUACGAAAGGAAAUUGUCGAUAAGUCACAUCUGUACACACAACUGACAACGGAAUCUACAAUGCCGAAAAUUCCAUGGCGUCCUAUAGGGGCCAAUAGCAAUUCUCUGGUAAUUUAUAAACAAAAUGGCGAGAAAAUCAUAUCGGGGGGUGGUGCACAACAGGCACUACCGAGUGCAGAAACGAAGGGCAACGAGCUGGUGCCCUAUGACGAUGAAAUGUUUGCUCUGUCGGCCCAAUCCGUGUUAAAUGCCUCCGAAUAUGUAAAUGGCAAUGGCUUCUAUUUGUAUACAUCUGGGGAGUUGGAAAAGCCAAAGGAUGACGAAGUUUGCAACAACAACAAUAGCAAACAAAAUGGUUUGCCUGCCAUCAAGGAUGCUGAACAUAAGCCAUCGACUUCGAUCAAUAGCAGCACUGAAGACGACUUAGCUUUCAAUUUGGAUGAUAUCGAUGCUCCAGUGAAAGUGGUCAUAUUGUCACUGUGGUUCUGGUGGAAAGAGAUUGUUGUUAUUGCCUUUACCUCGGCUGUGCUAAUGAAUCUUUUCAUAGGCCAGAGAAAUCGCGAAAGGCAAAUUGUGGUCAUCGAACGCCACAUACCAGUGCCUACUGGCAUUGAAGCCACAGAAUCUUCUACAGCCGCUCUAUUGGGCCCAACUACUACAGCGACGACGACCACUACCAGUACCAAUACGGCUUCGAAGAGCACAAAGGUUGCCAAUCGGUCUUUGUCCGAAUCAACUUCCAAUUCUGGUGAUCAUUUUUCUUCGCGCUUCCAGAGCGAUUUCGAUUUAAUGCAGUGCUUGGGCCGUGGUGGUUUUGGAGUGGUUUUCGAGGCAAAGAAUAAACUAGACGACUGCAAGUAUGCCAUUAAGCGUAUAACCCUGCCCAAUAAGGAAGAGUCGCGUAUGCGUGUCAUGCGAGAAGUGAAAACGUUGGCCAAUUGCGAACAUCAGAAUAUUGUGCGGUAUUUUCAGUCCUGGGUAGAGAAACCGCCACCAGGAUGGCAGGAGGAGGAGGACAGUAAAUGGCUGGCUAGUGAAAUGUCCACCUCAAUUCAAAUCGAAACGCCAACCGAUACGCAAUCAGUAUUCCCUGCUAAAAUUGACAAGAAUCAACAGCUGCGAUCGUGGAUGGAGUCCAUGACUUCUACAGCCUGUAGCUCAGAGCAUGGUUAUGACAAUCGUCUAAUUGAUCUGGAUGAAGACGAGGACGAAGAUUCCUGUAUUGUUUUUCGUUCGGAGUCACAAUCGCUGGCGUUGCGCGAAAGUGAAAGCGACGACGAAAGUGUGGUGGACAACAAGAAAAAAUCUCAAAACGGUGCCAUAUCCAUCGAUAUUCACUCCAAUUCCACGGACUUGAGUUUUAGCAGGGGCCGGCGGAAUAUCGAUUACUCCCAACUUUCAGAUUCAUUCCAAAUUGAAUUUGUAGGAUCUGCAAAUGGCGAAGAAGAAAUGCAGGCCGAAAUUGUGCUCGAAGAGUUCGCCAUUUCCAAUGCCUCCAAUGCGGGGCAAAAUCGCAAAAAGAAUCGACCACGCGACUUGGCUCUGAAUAUAAGUGGAGGUGGUGCUGGUGCUGGUGCGGAGCAGAAUAAUAAUUGCCGAGAGCACGUGUCCAAUCCCGUCAAGCCGGUGCAAAACAAAGUCUAUCUGUACAUACAAAUGCAGUUGUGUCGCAAAGAGUCCCUACGCGAUUGGCUCAGAGAUAAUGUGACAGAGAAUCGUCUCGAAUACAUUGCCAGUAUUUUCCAUCAAAUUGUCGACGCUGUCGACUACGUCCAUUACAAGGGACUCAUCCAUCGUGAUCUCAAGCCCAGCAAUAUAUUUUUCUCGCAGGAGGGGCAAAUCAAGAUCGGUGACUUUGGACUGGUCACCGAUAUGGCUGACAUACCAAAUAUAGUUACUAAAUGUGGCGACAAAACGGGCAUGCCAUCGUGCGUUCGACACACCCAGCAAGUGGGAACUCAUCUCUAUAUGUCGCCCGAGCAGUUACGCGGUUUGCCUUAUGAUUUCAAAGUGGACAUCUACUCGUUGGGCUUGAUUUUCUUUGAGCUGCUGGUCUACUUUGGCACCGAAAUGGAGCGCAUUAUGACCCUCAGAUCGUUGCGCGAUGGUAUAUACCCCAAGGAUUUUCCCCACAAGCAUCCCAAAGAGUAUGAAUUGCUGAAGAAAAUGCUCUCUGCAAAGCCGGAGGAACGCCCCGCGACGCAAGAACUAAAAGUGCAACUCAAUGAGAUAUUAAAAUUACCGGAAUUGCCAGGCGACAGUGAUGCUGCCGUCUUGAAAGCGGCUGCGCGGCGUUUAAGCCGCUCACGUACUUUUAGCAGCUCUGAAUCAUAAGUCUCUUAUAAGGUUUUUAAUAAGUUACAAAGUAAAUAUCAAAUGAAGCUACAGUCCGAACCACAUUCAGCAUACUUGUAAUAGUUUAGAACUGUCACACAAAGUUAUUGGUGUGCCUUUGGCUGUAAUUUAUAUUUGCUGCCCUUUUCAUAUCGUUUUUUAUUGUCACACUGCUCUAACCCACUUCAUUUAAUUUAAUAUCACGCCGCUACACAAACUGUAGUCGAAUGGCUAUGUAGUUAAACUCUUUCCAAAUCGCUAAUGUUUUGCAUUUGCCAAUGAUAUCUAAUACUGCUGCGAGUGCAUCUAGUUCGUUAUUUAUUGAUCCUGUUCUUUUGUUUUGUGUUACUUCUCCAUUCUCUCGUAAGUUUUGACAAUAUAUGCAUAUUUUAUUUUUAUCUGCGGGCCUUUGCCAAUUUAUUUACAAAGCACCCCCAUUCUUUUGCAUACCCUUGUAUGCCUUGUAUUUCGCGGCUCCCUCUCAACAAUUGGGAGUUUAUAUUAAAAAUGAAACAUUGCUCUUUUCAAAGUCAAAGACACGUCUAUCGUAAGUUAGUUAAACACAAGAAUGUGAUUUGUCCAUCAGACAGUUUUUGUUCCAUAAUCUGGUGGCCAAGUUCUCCGAACGAAGACUAAGAUUAACAUUUUUUUAUCAUAUAAUUAAGAUUAGUUUAUAUAGUUUUUUAAGAUUGUAAACUUAGAUAGAAUGUGUCAAAUAGUCGUACAUACAUAAAGCAUAUAAAAACUCAAUUUAUUUUGAAUAAAUCAAGCUGUACAUUUUUAUGGUACAUGAAAUAGAAUACAA